GGGAGCGGAGUCUUGCUCAUCCCGAUCCCGCUCCCGCUCCCGCCGGUCCUGCUGGGAUGGAGGCGGCGGAGCCGGGUCGGGAAGGCCGGGCUCGGUGAGGCGGAGGCGGCGUCCUGCUCAGGCCGUGUCGUCCGUCCGGUCCGUCCGUCCGCCCGGCCAUGGCCACCAUGGUGAUCCCCCGGGAGGAGAAGCUGAGCCAGGAUGAGAUCGUGCUGGGCACCAAGGCGGUGAUCCAGGGCCUGGAGACCCUGCGCGGGGAGCACCGGGCCCUGCUGGCCUCCCUGCUGGACAGCGUGGCCGGCCGGGAGCCCGACGACGCGGAGCCCGCCGCCCAGGAGCGCUCCGGCCUCCUCCGCCGCUCCCUGGAGGCCAUAGAGCUGGGCCUCGGGGAAGCCCAGGUGAUCCUGGCCCUGUCGGGCCACCUGGGCGCGGUGGAGUCGGAGAAGCAGAAGCUGCGGGCCCAGGUGCGGCGGCUGGUGCAGGAGAACCAGUGGCUGCGGGAGGAGCUGGCCGGGACGCAGCAGAAGCUGCAGCGCAGCGAGCAGGCCGUGGCCCAGCUGGAGGAGGAGAAGCAGCACCUGCUCUUCAUGAGCCAGAUCCGAAAGCUGGACGACGACGGAUCCCCCAGUGAAGAGAAGGGGGACGUGUCGAAGGACUCUCUGGAUGACCUGUUUCCUAACGAGGACGAGCAGAGCCCAGCCCAGGGCCCGGGCGGGGGGGACGCCGCGGCCCAGCACGGGGGCUACGAGAUCCCGGCCCGCCUGCGCACGCUGCACAACCUGGUGAUCCAGUACGCCUCCCAGGGCCGCUACGAGGUGGCCGUGCCGCUCUGCAAACAGGCCCUGGAGGACCUGGAGAAGACGUCCGGCCACGACCACCCAGAUGUGGCCACCAUGCUCAACAUCCUGGCCUUGGUCUACCGAGACCAGAACAAGUACAAAGAGGCCGCUCACCUGCUCAAUGACGCUCUGGCCAUCCGCGAGAAGACCCUGGGCAAGGACCACCCGGCCGUGGCGGCCACGCUGAACAACCUGGCAGUCCUGUACGGCAAGAGGGGCAAGUACAAGGAAGCCGAGCCUCUGUGCAAGCGGGCCCUGGAGAUCCGGGAGAAGGUGCUGGGCAAGUUCCACCCGGACGUGGCAAAGCAGCUGAACAACCUGGCGCUGCUCUGCCAGAACCAGGGCAAGGCGGACGAGGUGGAGUAUUACUACCGGCGAGCCCUGGACAUCUACCAGGCCCGGCUCGGCCCCGACGACCCCAACGUGGCCAAGACCAAGAACAAUCUGGCCUCCUGCUACCUGAAGCAGGGCAAGUACCAAGAUGCCGAGAUUCUGUACAAGGAGAUCCUGACCCGGGCCCACGAGAAAGAGUUCGGCUCCGUCAACGGGGACAACAAGCCCAUCUGGAUGCACGCGGAAGAGCGGGAGGAGAGCAAGGACAGACAACAAGACAGCGCCCUCCACGGGGAAUACGGCAGCUGGUACAAAGCCUGCAAGGUGGACAGCCCCACGGUGAACACGACCCUGCGCAGCCUGGGGGCCCUCUACCGGCGCCAGGGCAAGAUGGAGGCCGCGCACACGCUGGAGGAUUGCGCCAGCCGAAGCCGCAAGCAGGGCCUGGAUGCCGCCAGCCAGAACAAAGUGGUGGAGCUGCUGAAGCAGGGCGGGGGACGGGGCGAGCGGCGGAGCGGCCGCGAGGGCUCCUCCUCCCCCGGGGCCGCGGGGCCGCGGGCCGACACCGAGCCCGACGACGCGGGCGCCCCCGCCGAGUGGUCCGGGGACGGAAGCGGGUCCCUGCGGCGCAGCGGCUCCUUCGGGAAGCUCCGGGACGCCCUGAGGCGCAGCAGCGAGAUGCUGGUGAAGAAGCUGCAGGGGGGCGGCCCUCAGGAGCCCCCGAACCCCCGGAUGAAGCGGGCCAGCUCCCUCAACUUCCUCAACAAGAGCACGGAGGAGCCCGUCCAGUCCGGGACCACCAACCUGUCAGACAGCCGGACGCUCAGCUCCAGCUCCGUGGAUCUCUCGCGUCGCAGCUCUCUCGUCGGCUAACGGGGAGACCCGCCCCCCAGCACCAUCCUGCUGCUUGUCACGUCUCGGGGUGAGGGGCCGGGGAGGGGGAGUCCCCGUUUCCGCCCGCCUCGAUUCUUCCCCUCCCCACUAUCGGCCGGCUCACCCAGGGCCCCCCCUGUCUUUUCUGUUCGAUCUCAGGGUAACCCCCUCCCCCUUCUCCCACUCUCCGCCCCCGACCGGCGACGCCCCAAGCGGCCCCGCUCUGCUUGCGGGGGUCGGAGCAGCCCGGGAUUUCCACCCUGUUAUUUAUUCUCCACUUCGGGGGGCGCGGGGGGGGGAAGGGGCGAGCGGGGGUGCGAGGAGGGGCGGCGCAGGAGGCUGGACUCCCACCGGCGGGAGAACGGGCAAAACCUGGGAGCCGGAAGCAGGGGCCCGCGGAGGGCCGGCCGCCCCCUCCCACCCCCGUGGGCUUCUCAGAUGAGAGGCAGGAGCUUGGGCCUCCCGACCCUGACGGAGGCAACGGUGACCACCUCCUCCUCCCUCCCCUCCCUCCCCCCGCCCCCCUCCCCAGCCCCUGGCCGCCGCUUCUGUAUAUAGAGAGAUAAGUUAUUGGCCACGACCCCUCCCCCGUCCUCCACCCCACCGUCGGCAGCACUGGAGUUAUUCUCCCCUGGGUGGGGGCCGCCCGUGGGACGACCCCCUCGGGGGGAUUGGCUGUGGGGGCUCAUGGCCGUUUGUCCCUGACCUCUGCCCAGGGUAGCACUGGAGCCUUUACUCUCCACUCCCCGCCCUUCCCCCCAUCUCCCUUUUCCGAUGGUACAGCUCAGGCCUUAAUCCCCUCCAUCCGCUUGGCGGUAUCUCCCAGGCUGUUACGUACACAUCCCCACACGCACACGGAGACACACACCCCUCCUUUCUCUGCCCUCCCCGCAGAGUCGGGUGGCCCGGUACCAGAUUAGGCCUUCUUCCACGAGUCCACCUCGCACUUGCUGAUUCCUCACCUCCCCCCGGUCCCCGCUCCUUGUCCCCAGAUGGAAUGUCUUGAGCUUUAAUUCCCCCGCCCACCCAAUCCCUCCACCCUACCUUCCCACCUGUAGUUCCCUCCAUCGUUAACGGCCUCUCCCUUUCCCGGCUUCCCCGCCCUCUGACCUCUCCAUUCUGACCCGGUACCUCUCCCGGGGCCUCAUAGCACUCUCGGAGCCCGGGCCCUCGGUGCCCCAGCCCCACGUCCUUCUUACGGUACCUCCCUCGGGAGCCACCGAUCCCUCCCCGUCCGGAGUGGCUCCCGACGCUUCCGCUCCCCCCCCCCCCCCCCACCACCCGGGACUGCGGGACGGGUGGGCCCUGCCCCCUUCCCCUCUCGGUUGGGCGGGGACUGGGGUCCGGGAGCCCCAUCUGCUCUGUAUUUACGACGUCGCCGUAGGAAUAAAAGAUGGUUUGAAUCGGCA